AUGUCAUCGACUAUGCACGUUGUCGCUCUAAUAGAUAAAAAAUCGCGACAAAAUGGUAUAGAGUAUGGAACUGCACGUUAUCGAUUUGAAGAAAACCAAUUUGGAACCAUUCGUUAUAGAAUAUUACCAAGUGCUAGACAGACAAAAUAUUGUCAUCCGUUUUCCGAAGGAGAUGUUGUCACGAUGGUUGGAAAAUUUUCCUAUGAGAUUGUUGAUAAAGCAGAAUGCAUUACGCCAUCAUCGGGAUGUUGGGAAUCAGAGGAAAUACCAUUAUCAUCACCAUAUUUAAGUUUUUGUACUCAACCUAUCCCUGGUUCAUUACGUCAGCUUGAAAAUUCACAAUUUGUACGAACAAAAUCAUCUAUUGAUAGUCAAUAUUCUCGUCGUUCAAUUGAUCAAAGAUUUCGUAUUGGUUAUCAAGUAGAUAAUGAUCGAUGGGAUAAUUUGGCUGUAAAUUGGGAGUUAUAUUCACAAUUUUUUAUUUCCGGAUUUUUCCUUCAUGCUGAUAACGGAGAAUUACAUAUUGAAGCCGCAGAGCUUGAUUUUGAUCCAUCAACAAGAAAACAUGGAAGACAUUCAACAACUGGAUCAACCAGUUCAUCAACCGCAGGAGUUAGUCCAUUAGCCAAGAAUUUUGCAAGAUUAGUAGAAAUGGAAAAAAAUCCUGGAUAUAAUUAUUCAUCUAUUAUGGCUUCAAGACCAACCGAACAUUCAUUCGUUAAACCUUUACACAGAAGUCCACCUGUAAAUGCAAUACAAAUGAAUCAACAAGAAACAAAUAAAGAUUCAUUAGAACAAGAUUUUUUUAAAGGUAUACAAGCAUAUCAGCAAAUAAUUCAAAGAAUGUCUACCCAAGGACCAACCCCACCAUUAGGUAGUCAUCAGGUUCCAAAUAUGAGUGGCUCGGAACAAGCAUCUGCUGAACAAAUAGCAGAAUUAAUUUCGGAUCAAGGUACGCGUCACGAUAAAGCUGGUACUUACUUGAGGAAUUCAAAAAAUAAUCAUCCACUUCCAAAACAGAUUCCAAAUAUUUCUGUAUGGCAACUUCCUCAACAAGAUAUUCAUCAAUAUACUCAAUUACACGAUAUCCGUCAUCAACCAGAUUCAGUACAAAGACCACGUGAUAAAUCAACCCCAAUUCAACAAAUGGGUUAUGAUCAAUCUUAUCAUCCUUCAACAAUUCCAAAUGAAGGAAAUCAGUCAAUUUCAACACAACGCAGUAAACAUAAAAAAGAUAUAACAAAAUUAGGAGGAUCAUCAACGCACAUGUCAUCACAAAACGAUCGUGAAAAGACACCACUGACACAAACUGAUAUAACAAUGUUUUCGAUACCUCCACGACCAGAAUCAGAAUCAGGUGAAUCACAACAAGCAUCAUCCGACGCUAUUGAUUCAUCCAACAAAAGAAAAUCUUCAA